AGAUAAUAGAAGAAGUAGAAGAAAAAGAAAAAGAAAAGGAAAAGGAAAAGAGUAAAAAAAAAAAAAAGAGGAAAGAAGGCGGUCCAAUGCGAACACUAGUUGAUUAAGUUAGACGUUUCAAUGGGAACCAAUUGUUCUAACAUUCAAAGCUUUCGACGUUUGUGUUAGACGUUCGAGCUUUCUCAGGAUUUCUUUAUCGUGCUGCGACAUCGUCUACCAUGGCAAGCUUAUACAGAGGUGUUUCCAGGAAGGAAAAGCCUAAAGGACGUCAUGGCUUAACUCCCCAAAAGAAGCAGGAGAUUAAGGAGGCUUUUGAAUUAUUUGACACUGAUGGCUCUGGGACUAUCGAUGCCAAAGAACUUAAUGUUGCAAUGAGGGCUCUUGGUUUUGAGAUGACCGAGGAGCAAAUCAGACAAAUGAUUGCAGAUGUGGACAAAGAUGGAAGUGGUGCCAUUGAUUAUGAUGAAUUUGAAUACAUGAUGACAGCAAAAAUUGGAGAGAGAGACACUAAGGAGGAGCUUACGAAAGCAUUUGAUAUUAUUGACUAUGAUAAAAAUGGGAAGAUAUCUGGCAACGACAUCAAGCGCAUAGCAAAGGAGCUGGGCGAGGUCUUCACUGACAAAGACAUUCAAGAGAUGAUUGAUGAGGCAGAUCGAGAUCGUGAUGGCGAAGUAAACGUUGAUGAUUUCUUUAGAAUGAUGAGGAGGACAACAUAUGGAUCCUAGAGGUCGAAGCAGAAUGCGUAUCAUCCACGCAAUGUAUGACCAUGGUAAGUAAAGUUGUGAAAAUAAGAGACAUGCCAAAGUAUUAUGUUUAGGAUGUUUUCAUAGUGUAACUCAUUUCUGUUUGUAAGAUAAUAUUUUUUAAAUUUCAGAGAGUUCGAAUAUAUAAUUUUUAUUACUA